AAGCUCUCUCUUCUCUUGUCUUCUGCCUCUCAGCACCAGAUUUCUCACUCCUCACAAUUCACAGCCCUACCACCGACCCUUUGUGUAUCUUCAACUAUUUCUUCACCCCAAUCAGUAAUCAAAGGGAUCAUUUCAGGAUCAGACCCCAGCUCGAUUCUUGUGGCAGAAUACCAGCUAAUAUUUUGCCACCCCUUGCAAUUAUUGUCACUGUUUUGGCUUAGCAAAUCAAGAAAUAGCCAUGGAUGCUGAAUCUUGGAGUGCCCGUUUGUCUUCUGCCUCUAGGAGUUAUAAAUCUGCUCUUCAAUCUCGAUCUGGUGGGACAAAGUGGGAUGGUUUUGAUGCAGAAUUAUUGAUGGGGUUCGAGGAAAUUGAGGUUGCAGAUGAUGAUAUCAGGGAAGAAUAUCCAUGCCCUUUUUGUUCAGAGUAUUUUGAUAUUGUCGGACUCUGCUGCCAUAUUGAUGAUGAGCAUCCUGUCGAGGCCAGGAAUGGGGUUUGUCCGGUUUGUGCAAUGAGGGUGGGGGUUGACAUGGUUGCGCACAUAACUUUGCAACAUGGGAACAUCUUCAAGAUGCAGCGCAAGAGGAAAUCACGUAAAGGUGGCUCACAUUCAACACUUUCUAUGUUGAGGAGGGAGCUGAGAGAAGGAAAUUUGCAGUCUCUUUUUGGGGGAUCUUCAUGUAUAGUUUCUUCAAGCAGUGCUGCUCCUGACCCGUUGUUGUCAUCAUUUAUUCUGCCAAUGGCUGAAGAUUAUGGGAGCCACCAAUCCCAUUCUUCUACUGAAACAGUUACCGUCAAGAAAAGCAGCAGUGAAGUUACCGCAGAAAGAAAAGUCCAACAACCUCCCUUGUCUAUUAAAGAUCAAGAGGAGAAGACGAAGAGGUCUCAGUUUGUCCAAGGACUACUCUUGUCUACAAUUCUUGAUGAUAACUUAUGAAGUUCCAGUGGGGGGAUGCUUCGGUCACAGAGAUAAGUUUACCGGAGAAACCGCUUGAUCAGUGGUUUGUCUCUAGCGCUUAUGCCAGUGUAUGGAUAAGCUAAGAUUGAAAUAAUCUGUAGUAAUAAAUGUAAUUUAUGUUGCCUGUAGAAUUUAGUUAUGUAGGCAGGAAAAGAAAGGAACUCAUGUAUCAUCUUUCUUCAAGUGCAGUUUAUACUUUGAUAAAGAAGAUGAAUAAACUUACCGGUAGUGCCUGUAUGAGUUUCUGAUCUGUGUUUUGAUUUCUUCUUUGCUCCUCUCAUUUUCAUGGAGGUGAUCUUUUAUUUGACUGCCAAUCAGGCAUAGAAGGUCGUCUACUGAUGGAAAACCUUCAUGCUGGUAUUACUAAGUCGGAUGAUACUGUAUUGUAAAACUGGUAUGUUACAGAAAUGAGCUUUAUGGCCAUC